UGCCUGCACUUCCGGGGCCGGGAGUCGGCUCUAGUCUUCCUGUAGGCGGCGCGGGAGGAACAAUUGGUGUGAGGGGCCGGGCCGGGCGGAUCCCUUCCUGCCCCAAUGUGAGCCGCGUCCCGAACCCCCGUCCGGCCGAGGCUGCCCCGAGAGGUGGGAGCGCGGCCCGGGAACAUGAGGCGGUGCCUGCUCCUCCUGACCAGCCUGGUGCCUUUCGUGCUGGCGCCGCGACCUCCGGACCCGCCGGGCUCGGGCUCGGGCUCCCCGCCGCGACUCGAAAAGCUUGAUUCUUUGCUCUCAGACUACGAUAUCCUCUCUUUAUCCAGUAUCCAACAGCACUCAGUAAGAAAGAGAGAUCUACAGGCAUCAACACAUUUAGAAACACUGCUGACGUUUUCAGCAUUGAAAAGGCAUUUUAAAUUAUACCUGACAUCAAGUACUGAACGCUUUUCCCAAAAUUUCAAAGUUGUGGUGGUCGAUGGUAAAAAUGAAAGCGAGUACAGCGUCAAGUGGCAGGACUUCUUCCGUGGACACGUGGUUGGUGAGCCUGACUCUAGGGUUCUAGCCCACAUAGGAGAUGAUGAUAUUACAAUAAGGAUCAACACAGAUGGGGCAGAAUAUAAUAUAGAGCCACUUUGGAGACUAAUUAAUGAUACUAAAGACAAAAGAAUAUUAGUUUAUAAAUCUGAAGAUAUCAAGAACGUUUCACGGUUGCACUCUUCAAAAGUGUGUGGUUACAUAAAGGCGGAAAAUGAAGAUUUGCUUCCAGAAGGGCUGGUAGAUGGAGAGGCACCUAAGGAGCUUGUUCAUCGGGUGAGGAGAAGAGCCGACCCUGAUCCCAUGAAGAACACGUGUAAAUUACUGGUGGUGGCAGAUCAUCGCUUUUACAAGCACAUGGGCAGAGGGGAAGAGAGCACCACCACCAAUUACUUAAUAGAGCUCAUUGACAGAGUCGAUGACAUCUACCGGAACACUUCCUGGGACAACGCAGGCUUUACAGGCUAUGGAAUACAGAUAGAACAGAUUCGCAUUUUCAAGACUCCAGAGGAUGUAAAACCUGGUCAGAGGCACUAUAAUAUGGCAAAAAGUUACCCAAAUGAAGAAAAGGAUGCCUGGGAUGUGAAGAUGCUGCUGGAGCAAUUUAGCUUUGAUAUAGCUGAAGAAGCAUCUAAAGUCUGCCUAGCACAUCUUUUCACGUACCAGGAUUUUGAUAUGGGAACUCUUGGAUUGGCUUAUGUUGGUUCUCCCAGAGCAAACAGUCACGGAGGUGUUUGUCCAAAGGCUUAUUAUAGUCCAAUUGGAAAGAAAAAUAUCUAUUUGAAUAGUGGUUUGACCAGCACAAAAAAUUACGGUAAAACCAUUCUUACGAAGGAAGCUGACCUGGUUACAACUCAUGAAUUGGGGCACAAUUUUGGAGCAGAACAUGAUCCGGAUGGUCUAGCGGAAUGUGCCCCAAAUGAGGACCAGGGAGGAAAAUUCGUGAUGUAUCCCAUCGCUGUGAGCGGAGAUCAUGAGAACAAUAAGCUGUUUUCAAACUGCAGCAAACAGUCCAUCUACAAGACCAUCGAAAGCAAGGCCCAGGAGUGUUUCCAAGAGCGCAGCAACAAAGUGUGCGGGAACUCCCGCGUGGACGAAGGAGAGGAGUGCGACCCGGGCAUCAUGUACCUGAACAACGACACCUGCUGCCACAGCAACUGCACAUUGAAAGAGGGCGUGCAGUGCAGUGACCGGAACAGUCCUUGCUGUAAAAACUGCCAGUUUGAGACUGCCCAGAAGAAGUGCCAAGAGGCCAUUAACGCUACGUGCAAAGGCGUGUCUUACUGCACAGGUAACAGCAGUGAGUGCCCUCCGCCGGGGAACGCCGAGGACGACACGGUGUGCUUGGACCUGGGCAAGUGCAAGGACGGCAAGUGUGUGCCCUUCUGCGAGAGGGAGCAGCAGCUGGAGUCCUGCGCGUGUAACGAGACGGACAACUCGUGCAAGGUGUGCUGCCGGGACGCCCAGGGCCGGUGCGUGCCCUACGUUGACUCCGAGCAGAAGAACUUGUUUUUGAGGAAAGGGAAGCCCUGUACAGUAGGGUUCUGUGACGUGAAUGGCAAAUGCGAGAAACGAGUACAGGAUGUCAUCGAGCGAUUUUGGGACUUCAUCGAUCAGCUGAGCAUCAAUACUUUCGGGAAGUUCUUAGCAGACAACAUCGUGGGCUCCGUCCUGGUUUUCUCCUUGAUCUUUUGGAUUCCUUUCAGCAUUCUUGUCCAUUGUGUGGAUAAGAAGCUGGAUAAGCAGUAUGAGUCCCUGUCCCUGUUUCACCCCAGUAACGUGGAAAUGCUCAGCAGCAUGGACUCUGCCUCGGUCCGCAUCAUCAAGCCCUUUCCAGGGCCGCAGACCCCAGGCCGCCUGCAGCCCCUGCAGUCCACCCCUGUGGUGCCGGUGGCGCCUGUGGCCCCGAAACUGGACCACCAGCGCAUGGACACCAUCCAGGAAGACCCGAGCACGGACUCGCACAUGGACGAGGACGGCUUCGAGAAGGACCCCUUCCCGAACAGCAGCACAGCCGCCAAGUCGUUUGAGGACCUCACGGGCCACCCGGUCACGAGGAGCGAGAAGGCCUCAUCCUUCAAGCUGCAGCGGCAGAACCGCGUCGACAGCAAAGAGACCGAGUGCUAGUGUAGGGAGGGAGGCCCUGCGCUCUGCCCUGUGUGCAAAGUGUUUUUGUAGAUUUGACCUAAAAUCACUCGCAGAUUUUGUGAAGAUCUGGGAGAAACAAGGCAGUGACUUCAGCAGGUGCUGGUCACGUGUCUGGACUUCUUGGCAUAUGUACUUGUGUGGUUGGGCCUUUCUGUGUGAACAGGUAAGGUGAAUCUAGCUUAUUUUGAGGCUUUCAGGUUUUAGUGUUUGUUUAAAAUAUCCUUCAACCUGUGGUGCAGAAGCAGAAAAUACAGCUGGAUUAGGUCAUAAGUAUUUACGUUUUUGUAAAGUAACCUUUAUAUCGAUGACAGCACUGAUUAGGGAGAGAACGAUUUUCUUUUUCAUACAGUGUCAUGAAGAUGAGGCAGUUAGCAUUACUCGUGAGGAUAACUGGAACACAGAAUAAUUUAUUUUUCUGCCCUCAAGUAAAGAUAAGAUAAAACUGAGCUGUGUACUAUC